AUGAGCGGUGCUCACCUGCAUCAACUGCCGGCGGCAGCCACCUCCGCCCCAACCUUGCCGUCUCCAAUAGCCGCUCCAUCCUCGCCGACGCCAAGCAGCUCGAAUCGCAGUCAUGCAGGGCGUACGAUUAGGGGUCGUACACUUGGAGACCGUCGGAUUUCGAGCGGUACGCCAAACUCGGCUUCACCGUCUGCGGACCGUAGCUUGAUGAGCAAUGCUCACAAGAUUGGCACGAUUGGUAUUUGUGCUCUGGACAGCAAGGCACGGUCAAGACCUUCCCGGAAUAUCCUCAACCGCUUGGUUGGUAAGGAGGCCGAGUUCGACGUCAUCAUCUUUGGUGACAAGGUUAUUCUGGAUGAGGAUGUAGAAAACUGGCCUGUUUGCGACUUUUUGAUCAGUUUCUUCUCCGAUGGGUUUCCACUUGACAAAGCAAUUGCCUAUGCGAAGCUGCGCAAGCCUUUCUGCGUGAACGAUCUGCCUAUGCAAACUGUACUUUGGGACCGCAGAUUGUGUUUGAGGAUCCUGGAUAGGCUUGGUGUGCCGACUCCGGAACGGAUAGAGGUCAGUCGGGACGGCGGACCUGUCAUUCUGUCGCAGGACAUUGCUUGGCGAAUGUAUGAAUUAACCGGGGUACGACUGCAUGGUAACGAUGAAGUUAGCACUGGCGGCGCGCAGGCCGCGCCUCAGGAUGUGCACAUGGAAGACGAUAACGACACCCUUGUUGUAGACGGGCAACGACUGACGAAGCCGUUCGUGGAGAAGCCAGUAAGUGGCGAGGAUCACAACAUCAACAUCUACUACCCGAAGUCGCAAGGUGGCGGCGGCAGAAGGCUCUUCCGCAAGAUUAACAAUAAAAGCUCUGAAAAGGAUGACACUCUGGAAGUGCCGAGAGCUAUCACCGAGCCGGCCGAGAGCUACAUUUACGAGCAGUUUCUUAAGGUGGAGAAUGCAGAGGACGUCAAAGCUUACACAGUAGGUCCAGACUUCUGUCAUGCUGAAACCCGGAAGAGUCCGGUCGUCGACGGGAUCGUGAAGCGGAACCCGAACGGCAAAGAGCUACGCUAUGUCACAAGUCUCUCGAGAGAAGAGCAGACCAUGGCCGCGAAGAUCGCGAUGGGCUUUGGUCAGCGAAUCUGUGGCUUUGACCUCCUCAGGGUCGGCGACAAAAGCUAUGUAAUCGACGUCAAUGGAUGGAGCUUUGUCAAGGACAAUAAUGACUACUACGACAAAUGUGCGUCUAUUCUAAAGGCAAUGUUCGUUCGCGAAAAGAUGCGAUGGGAAGGCCGUUCCACACCAACUGCUUCUGAAGAUGGCGACGGUGAUGCCUCGGCAGGUCCGAGUGACAGAACGGAUGGACACCGCAAAGGGCUGUUUGGCCGCGAUAAAGAGAAUGUUGGCCACCACAGCGCAUUGAAGGGUGUGUUCCGCAGCCGCAGCAUUAGCCAGCUUAGGGACAGCGUGUCACAGGCCGCCCAACGGUUGGGCCACCCACCGACUAUGAAGAGCCCGAACGGUGCGACAAGUCCGCUUGCGAGCCCACCAGAAGCGCCGAGAGAGCCGUUCUUCGCUGGACGUACGCCGACGAUCCCGCUGAGCAAAGACGACGUGUUACCACCUCCUGCCGAGUCGCGACAGCUUCGACAAGUGCGAGAUCCGGAGGCUGCACAGCGUGCUCAAUCUGAUGAACAUCUGGCCUCAGAGUAUCGGCCAGAUGUGCCGGCGGCCGUGCCAGCUCCAGCACUCAAAAGUCAGUGGAAGCUGAAGGGUAUGGUAGCCGUCAUUAGGCACGCUGAUCGGACGCCGAAGCAGAAGUUCAAGUUCACAUUCCACACUAAGCCGUUUGUGGAUCUACUGAAAGGCCAUCAAGAGGAAGUUUUGCUCGUUGGUGACGCGGCACUUGAGUCGGUGCAGCGAGCAGUGGCGGAAGCGCUCAAUGCCGGCGAAGAAGACAUGAGGAAGCUUAGACAGUUGGACAACGCGCUGAAGCGGAAGAAGGGUUUGCCUGGCACGAAAGUGCAGAUCAAGCCAUUAUUCAAGAAGCCCACGAAUGAAAACAAGGCUAAGCUCCAAGGUGGUCAUGACGAGAUACCGAAAGCGAAUGACGCUGCGGCUCACGCACCGUCUAGCGAGAUCGCCGUACAUACUCCACCGCGCAGCCCAGGAGCUGAUGAAGCCGAGAGGCCGCACGCGAGGUUGCAGAUGCGGAGCGACUCCUUGUCGGGCGUUACAAAGUCCCGCGCAGCAGCUGCGGAGGAGAACCUUGUCCUUGAAAAGCUGCAGCUGGUGAUGAAGUGGGGCGGAGAGCCAACACACUCCGCACGCUAUCAGGCGGCCGACCUUGGCGAAAACAUGCGCAACGAUCUGCUGCUCAUGAACCGCGACGUACUCUCUGACGUUAGCAUCUACAGCUCGUCCGAACGGCGGGUUACCACUUCCGCGCAGAUCUUCGCAUCAGCGUUCCUUGACGAGCAGGAUAUCGACCCAAACUCCAUACGCAUACGGAAGGACUUGCUGGAUGACAGCAAUGCGGCGAAGGACGAGAUGGACAAGGUUAAGAAGAAACUAAAGGGACUGCUGAGAAAGGGCUAUCAAGCGCCGGAACAAUUUGCUUGGCCGCAGGACGGCACGCCAGAGCCGUACGUCGUGGUGAGGAAUGUUGUCGACCUGAUGAAGUUUCACCGACGAGUCAUGAAGCACAACUACAAGAAGCUUCAAAGUUCGAGCGCUGUCAGCUCGUUGGAGAAGCUCAAACAUCCACCAAGCCAGCAGCUUUCGCCGAGCGAAGACUCAAUGGCGGAAGCAGAGAAGGUGAACCAGCAAGCAUCCUCCGUGCAAGCGCGUUGGUGUACCGGCGAGGACGCCGACCUUUUCCGGGAGCGGUGGGAGAAGCUCUUCGAUGAGUUCAUCGAUGCAGAGAAGGUUGACCCCAGCAAGAUUUCAGAACUUUACGACACGAUGAAGUUCGAUGCGCUACAUAAUCGACAAUUCCUGGAGUGGGUGUUCACGCCGAGCAGGAGUAUCCUGGCGGAGAUUGAGCAGAUGAGGGGAGAGAAUGAUGAAGGCUUGACGAGGACCGAGAGCCAAGUCAUGAGGGAGGACGAAAGAAUGGGCCUACGACGUAGGAGUCAAGAUCUGAUGACUGUCGCUAAAAGCGCUAUCACGGCUAUGGGCGCCGACACACUCGCGAGAGAGUCGUACUUCAACCUGUACAAAGGGGACGUGAACGCACCGGAAUCCAAGGCGAAGAGCGAUACGCGGCUGGAGAAGCUCAAUGAGCUAUAUAGCUCCAGCAAGAUUCUCUUUGACUUCAUCGGCCCGCAGGAAUACGGCAUCACGGAGACGGAGAAGCUUGAGAUUGGCCUCCUGACAAGCCUGCCAUUGCUGAAAGAGAUUGUCAAAGACCUUGAAGAAGUGCAGGCAAGUGAUGAUACCAAAAGCUUCAUCUACUUCACUAAAGAAAGCCACAUCUACACCCUUCUAAACUGCAUCCUAGAGGGCGGAGUACAGACGAAGAUCGCACGCAACGCCAUCCCGGAGCUUGACUACCUCAGCCAGAUCUGCUUCGAGCUGUACGAGUCCGCGGACCAGGACAAGACCGAAUCUUCGGUAGAUGGCGCGGAAGACGGCACGACGACGUACAACUACUCCAUCCGCAUCACUAUCUCCCCAGGCUGCCAUACCUUUGAUCCGCUCGACGUGCAGCUGGACAGCAAGCACUGCAUCGGUUGUGCGCCACGCCGGAGCCUGACGCCGCACGAAGAUUGGAAGGUCGUUCUCGAGACGCUAAGGGCGAAGUUCCACACGGUCAAGUUACCUAAGAGCUUUACGGCGAUCAAUCUAAGUGAGAAGAUACCAGAAGAGUUCACUGACUGUGCUGACGGAAAGGCUGCGGUUGAGGAGAUUAGGAAGGAGGCGGAGGGUGCGGGUCAGGUUGCGCCGCAGCAUUGA